GGGCCGGGGCGCGGGCGGCCGGCUCGGGAUGGUGCUCCUGCCCCUCUGGCUAGUGGCAGCCGCGCUCCUGGGGGCCCGCGCUGCGCCCGGCCGGCAGGCUGGUAAAGAACAGCAGAACCAAAUAGAAUUCCGAAAAAGCAGACCAAGGCCAUAUGGGUUAGUGAUUCCGAUUAGCACCAAUGCAGACGGAAGUUACGUGUCCAACAUCCUCUCGGCGAGUCACCAGCGGCGAUCGGCGCGGGAGGUGUCCCAGAGCCCCAGACAGCUGUAUUUCAAUGUCACCGCCUUCGGGAGGGAAUUCCAUCUCCGACUGAGACCCAACACUCGGUUAGUGGCUCCCGAGGCCGUGGUGGAGUGGUAUGAAGACUCUGUGGAGACUGGGAGCGAUGCUGGUAACACGACUCAGACUGGAAGUGGUACAGAGCGAUUAUGGAAGAGAGAGCCCCUGUGGACCAACUGUGCCUACGUGGGGGACGUCGCGGACAUCCCCGGAGCUGCCGUGGCCAUCAGCAACUGUGAUGGGCUGGCUGGAAUGAUCAAAACUGAUGAGGAUGAAUACUUCAUUGAGCCUUUGGAAAGAGGAAAGCAAAUGGAAGAGGAGAAGGGAAGAAUCCACAUGGUGUACAGGCGGUCAGCGGUAGCGCAGCAUCCCACCGACGUGCUCCCCGAUGUCCACACAGAAGAGUCCCUCCUCGCUGGCCUCGGAGCACUGAGUUCGCUGCAUGGCCAUAUUGAGCAGCAGCUGAACGAGACCCUGCGGCGCCGCCGCCACGCGGGAGACAACGACCACAACAUCGAGGUGCUGCUGGGGGUGGAUGACUCUGUUGUCCGAUUCCACGGCAAAGAACACGUCCAAAACUACCUCCUCACCCUCAUGAACAUCGUGAAUGAAAUUUACCAUGACGAGUCCCUGGGCGUUCACAUCAACGUCGUGUUGGUCCGAAUGAUCAUGUUGGGGUACGCGAAGUCCGUCAGCUUGAUCGAAAGGGGGAACCCCUCGCGCAGCCUGGAGAACGUGUGCCGCUGGGCCUAUCAGCAGCAGAAGUCGGACCCCAGCCAUGCCGAGCACCACGACCAUGCCAUCUUCUUAACCAGGCAAGAUUUUGGGCCUGCUGGUAUGCAAGGAUAUGCUCCUGUGACGGGCAUGUGCCACCCGGUCCGGAGCUGCACCCUCAACCACGAGGACGGGUUUUCAUCAGCCUUUGUUGUUGCUCAUGAGACUGGGCACGUGCUGGGCAUGGAGCACGAUGGGCAAGGGAACAGAUGUGGGGACGAGACGGCGAUGGGCAGUGUCAUGGCCCCCUUGGUGCAGGCCGCCUUCCACCGCUACCACUGGUCGCGCUGCAGCGGCCAGGAGCUCAGGAGAUACAUCCACUCUUACGACUGCCUUCUCGACGACCCUUUUGAGCAUGACUGGCCCAAGCUUCCUGAGCUGCCAGGCAUCAACUAUUCCAUGGAUGAGCAGUGCCGUUUCGACUUUGGCGUGGGCUAUAGGAUGUGCACAGCAUUCCGAACCUUUGAUCCAUGCAAGCAGCUGUGGUGCAGCCAUCCCGAUAACCCCUACUUCUGUAAGACCAAGAAGGGACCUCCCCUCGAUGGCACCGAGUGUGCCCCAGGAAAAUGGUGCUACAAGGGUCACUGCAUGUGGAAGAACACCAACCAGUUGAAGCAGGAUGGACACUGGGGACCCUGGACCAAGUUUGGCUCCUGCUCACGGACCUGUGGAACUGGGGUUCGCUUUCGCACGCGCCAGUGCAACAACCCAAUGCCCAUCAACGGAGGUGACGAUUGCGCCGGGGUCAAUUUUGAGUUCCAGCUGUGCAGCACUGAGGAGUGUCCGAAGCACUUUGAGGACUUCAGGGCCCAGCAGUGCCAGCAGCGCAAUUCCCACUUCGAGUUCCGGGGCAGCCGACACCACUGGCUGCCAUACGAGCACCCUGACCCUCCCAAGAGAUGUCACCUGUACUGCCAGUCCAGGGAAACGGGGGAUGUGGCUCAUAUGAAGCAGCCGGUGCACGACGGGACUCGCUGCUCCUACCGGGAUCCCUACAGCAUCUGUGUCCGUGGGGAAUGUGUGAAAGUGGGCUGUGACAAGGAAAUUGGCUCCAGCAAGGCUGAGGACCAGUGCGGGGUCUGCGGCGGGGAUGACUCCCACUGCCGGACCGUGAAGGGGACCUACACCCGCACUCCCAAAAAGCUCGGGUACCUUAAGAUGUUUGAUAUCCCUCCUGGGGCUCGACAUGUGUUUAUCCAAGAAGACGAGGCCUCUCCUCACUUUCUUGCAAUCAAGAACCAGGCUACGGGACACUAUAUCCUGAAUGGGAAAGGGGAGGAGGCCAGAUCCCGAUCCUUCAUCGAUCUGGGCGUGCAGUGGCAGUACAGCAUCGAGGACAGCACGGAAACGCUGCACACAGAUGGACCCCUGCACGAUGCCGUGGUGGUGCUGAUCAUUCCUCGAGAUAACGACACCAGAUCCAGCCUGACUUACAGAUACAUCAUCCACGAGGAUUCGUUGCCGACCAUCCACAGCAACAACGUGCUGCGGGAGGACACGGACACCUUUGAGUGGGCCUUGAAGAGCUGGUCUCAGUGCUCCAAACCCUGUGGUGGAGGGUUCCAGUACACCAAGUACGGGUGCCGCAGGAAGAGUGACAACAAGAUGGUUCAUCGAAGCUUCUGCGAAGGCAGCAAAAAGCCAAAGCCCAUCCGUAGGAUGUGCAACCUGCAGGAGUGCACAGAGCCCCUCUGGGCGGCAGAUGAGUGGGAGCACUGCACCAAAACAUGUGGGAAUUCCGGCUACCAGCUCCGCACGGUGCGCUGCCUCCAGCCUCUUCCAGACGGCACCAACCGCUCCGUCCACGCCAAGUUCUGCAGCAGGGAUCGCCCCGAGAGCCGGCGGUCCUGCAACCGGGUGCCAUGCCCCAUGCCAUGGAAAGCCGGGCCUUGGUCCCAGUGCUCAGUGACCUGCGGGGAGGGGACGGAGAGCAGACAGGUCCUGUGCCGCGCUGGGGACCGGUGCGAGGGGGAACGGCCGGAAUCCGUGAGGGCUUGUAAACUUGCUCCCUGUGAUGAUGAGCCCUGCCUGGGAGACAAAUCCAUCUUCUGCCAGAUGGAAGUGCUGGCCCGAUACUGCUCCAUCCCUGGCUACCACAAGCUGUGCUGCGAGUCCUGCAGCCGGCGAAGCAGCAACUUCCCACCACCCGGAGGGGCUGGGACUGAGGGGGAUGCAGCACUGGAUCCGGGCAACCUGCAGAGGGCUCUGAUGGUGCCCACGCCUGCGGUGCCUGCCCAGGCUCAGCUUCUGCCCGGGAGCAGCUCUCCAAGCCGGCUGCCUUUUGAAGCACGGCAGGCUGAGCAGCACAUCGCGCCAUCCGGCUCCGAGCCCAAAGGUGCCAGCGUUGCGCACUGGAGAGCUCCUCUGGCUGGGAAGACUUCGCAGCUGUUGGCUUUCCUGCACCAGUCCCCUGCCAACAGCAGCAGCCUCAGCUCUGGUAGCGCCCCAGCGCUGGCCGCGGCUCUGCCUUUGGUGCCAGCAGAGAACACGGCAGCGGGGGCUCCUGCGCCAGCCAGGACCUCCGGGAAGGGCGAGGAGCGCGUUGGGAAGCGAUGGCCUCUAAGGGCUGCCCCUGUGGAACGAUGAGCGGGAAGGCUUGUGCAGGACAGCCGUGGAAAGAGGCUGUUUGGCACUGUGUGUGACUCCGAACUCUGGACGCUGCGGAGAGCCCUGCGUGCCCCAGGCAGGGCAAUGCAGGGCACAGGUUGUCCCCUGUAAAUACAAAGGACAAGAAGUGCUGGUUCACUUUCUGGUGCUCCUGGCCUCCUCCCGCCCCUCACUUCCUGUCCGGCUGGGAAAUGCAAGAGGAAACACUAAAGGAACCUUCCUAGCAGUGAGUGGGAGUCACUGAGGGCUCUGUCCACCUCUGGGCCCAAAAGUUAGCCCUAACCUCAGCACCCCCUGUGGUUUUGGGCUCUAAACACCCCCCACUGUGGGAAACCCCCACUGCAGGCAUGACCAGGCAUGGACACUCUGUCACUUGCCAGAGGCCGAAUGAACCCUCCAGGACUCGUGUCUCCCUGCAAACAGAGCUUGCACGAGCACCACUGCAGCUGUUGGGUAAAUGCAGGAAUUUGGCAGGUUAUUGUAAGAGUUCUGUGCUGUCCCACAACUGUUUAACUGUAUUGUUCCAUUGCCAGGUGCUGGCCAUCAAGUUCUGCCCUAUAUGAGCAUUCCAAGGGCUGGUGUUUAAAGCAGUGUUAGUAGAAAAAGUGGACUUCCAUUUGCAGAGGAAUUUCUUUGCUGGCACUAGGAAAGGAUUGGGUGUGUUUUGGGUAUCAUCAGCGUGAUGCUUUGUGCAGACCCUGCAAGUGCUGUCCUGCUCCCAGUCCAAGCAGGUUCUGGUUCCCAGCUGCUCCCUGUGUCCGUGCCGAACCAGCAUCCCAGAGACACAACAGGCACCUACAACACUCCAAGCAGAGGAUUUUUUCCCAACGGGAAGCGUGGAUUUCAAGGUGUGAGAGAUAUUUAUAUUUCCAGCGUGGAUCGACUCCAACCCUCCCCGCCCACGGCGCGUCCGACUGCAAUAAUUAAUUUAUGUCCGUCCCCACCUUGUCCCAGCCCAGCCGGCCGCGCUCUCCCGGCAUGUCGCUGUAAAGUACUUGUGUACAGGAGUGAGAACUGCAGAUAUUUAUUAAAAGUGGGUUCCUGACAGUAUUUUAUGUACUAAAUAUUUACGCUGAGGGCAGGUGACUUCCUUUUGUCGAGGUCAGAUCAGGAGACGGAUUGAGAUGCUGUGUCAUAUGGAUAGAAUGGAAAUCGAAGCUGCUCAACUGCUGUAGAGAAAUUGUUGAUCUUAUUCUUUAAAAAAGGGUUUUUAUCACAGGUCUCUCUCAUUUCUCAGCGGUCAUCGAAGUUUCACGUGCAAUUGCUGCUCUCCUGUAAAAAGUCCCCAGGAUCGAGCCAUUGAAUGCUGUGAGGGGACCGGGGCCCCAGACAACGUCCUGGGAGCCCUGUGGGUGCCUCGGAGGAAAUAAGGGUGGCACUGGCUGGCAGCAGAGGUUUCCAGCCCUGGGGCCUCCAGACAGGACGGGCACCCCUUGCAGGAGCACUAUAAAUGCACAAAGAAGUGACAGUAGAACAGACCUUCCACAUCCCGAUGCUUUCCCUGCUUUGGCUCGUGGCAGCAUCUGGUUUUGGCAUUUUUGUUUCCUCUUUUUUAGCCGUUUCUGUCCCAGGCAGGACCUUUCCCG